ACAUUUGCCUGGCAAUCGCGGUGGUGGAGGAGGCCAGGAGAGUUUGAGGAACGAUGUCUAUACGUCGGCGUAUGGAGACAUGGAGAAGCCGCAGAUCAGAGAUUGGUAGAGAGCGAGGGUUGCUCAGAUCAAUCUCCGAGCCCGAUGGCGUUAAUUGGCUACUAUGCUCUCCACUGGGCGGCUCUCAACAACCGCACUGCGCCGGCUCAAUACAUCAUUGAGCAUGGUGGAGAUGUUACUGCUGCAGAUCAUACAGGACAAACAGCAUUACACUGGACUGCAGUUCGAGGUGCAAUCCCAGUUGCAAAGAUUUUACUCCAAGCAGGUGCUCGUAAAAAUGCUAUUGAUAUGUAUGGUUAUCAGGUGUGUAUUUUGGACACUUUUAUUGUUUAAUUAUCCAGGUUCUCUUUACCAACUCAAUUAUUCCAAACCUUUCUUGGGGCUUCUCCAAUGCUUAAAAAAAUGGGGAGAAAGAAGGGGAGAAAGGGGGGGAAGAUUGGCUUUCUCCAGAGAGACUGUUCCCUCCAGAGAAAGCCUGACACAGGCGUGUGGUGCGGGGCCAACACACGACUUUGUUGUCCAUAUAUAAUUACUUCCAACAACAUGCAUUAAUUUCCAAAUCUUGUGAUGACUAAUCUUGUUUAUGCUUUUCAAGUUUGGUGAUGACUAUUGACUAACAAUGUUCAUGCUUUCCAAGUCUUGUGGCAACUAAUCUUGUUCCCUUGCAUAGCAUAAGUGAUUAAGAAAUUAAACUUAAUUAUAGCUAACAGAAA